CGUCCGUCCGUCCCGCCGCGCUCGGGCCCGGGGCAGCGGGACCGGGACCGGGCCGGGCCAUGGCCCCGCACCCGCCCAGCGCCGGGCAGUACCUGCGCUCCGACAGCGGCGGCUCCGACACGCCUAUGCUGGCCGAGGGUCCCGCUGCCGGGCCCGUUCCCUGUGACUGUCCCGGUCCCGGUGCCGGUCCGGACGGCGGCCCCGGUGCGGCGCGGGGGCAGCGGCGGCGGCGAUGCGGGCCGCUGUGGGGUAGCGUGGCCGUCAUGGCUAUCCUGGCGCUGCAGAUCGCCUCCACCACCGGCCUCUUCGUCUACUUCACCAUGGCCAUCUCCAAGCUGAAAUCCCAGGCUCUGGGCAAUGUGGAGGAGCUGCGGUGUCUGCAGGUGCUCAAUCAGCAGCCUGAGGGCUCCAGCCUGGAGAAGCUGAGCAGCAGCCAGGGCUGCCUCAAGCUGGCCAGCACCAUCAAAGCCUAUGUGGCCACGGUGACCGAGGACAUCAUCCGCAGGAGCAUGGUGAAGGAGGCCUGGCGGAGCUACUUCAACACCUCGGAGGGACAACUUCCUCCCAAAAUAGCUGGGAAACCCUCAGCACAUCUCACCCUCCGCCCACAGAACCUGGCUCAGGAUGGACGCUCCCAGCGCUCCGGGAAUCUCUCCCAGUCGUGCCGCCAUGCCAUCACGCACUGGGGGCACAGCAGCCUCCUCUCCCACGUGCAGAACAUGACGUACCGGGCCGGGCGGCUGCGCGUGGAACAGCCAGGCAAGUACUACGUGUACUCACAGAUCUACUUCCGCUACCGCGGUGCCAGCCGCGACUCAGGCCCUCAGCUCGUGCAGUGCAUCCAGUGGCAGCCAGCCCACAGCCCGCCCGUGCUGCUGCUCAAGGGCGUGGGCACCAAGUGCUGGGCACCCGAGGCUGACUACGGGCUCCACGCGCUCUACCAGGGGGGACUCUUUGAGCUCAAGGCUGGGGACGAGCUCUUCGUCUCCGUCUCCUCCUUGGCCAUCGACUCCAGUGACGCAGCAGCCAGUUACUUUGGGGCCUUUCGGCUCGACCUGUGACACCCCCUCCGCUCCCACCUGGCCCCUGGACAGUGGCCAAUGGCCCGGGGUGGCGCAGGGCUCUUAUGGCUGCCUUGUCCUUUGUGGUGAGGGAUGAGCCAAGAAGGGCACAGGGGUGGCUGCCCACAGGGCCCUGCUGUGCUCCGUGCCACCCUCCACGUGGGAGGCAGCUGUGAACCAGGAAGGGUCUCCGAGGGCCUACAGGGGACAUGCAGGAGGAGGGACAUCCUAGCUCUGGUGGCACAGAACCUCCCAACGGCUCCCUGCAGCAGGAAAGGCACCAGGGCCACACCUGCCACUGCAAGACAGAGUGUCCCCAUGGCAGGGUGAAACCCAUGAGUCUGACCCCACCUUGAGCAGGGCUGUGGGUGCCAGGACCUGGGGCUGGAAGCACCCUGGGACACAGGGCUGGCACUCCUGGGGCACACGUUGUGGGGAUGGGUGCAGUGUCCGCCUCUGGAAGGGAAUGAAGGCAUUUCAGUUUGGGAGAUGAAAGCCUGGGACAACAGCACCGGUGGUUGCAGGGAGGGCAAAGGGCAGGACCGUGACACCGCAGCAGUCACCAGUCCUGGCACCACACCCAGCACGUGGCACCGGGGCACGUGGUGACUGAGCCAGGCUGCACAGGACCAGGAGCUCAGCAUGGCUGCUGACGCAGCACCUCUUCCCGUGUGGAUUUCGUCCCGCCCAGCCCUCAUGGACAGCACAGUCCCCACUUCCUCACACCUCCAGCCCUGGCAAUCCCUGCAGGAUUCCAGCUCUGGGUGAGCCCCAUGGUCACAGCAAGACCUUGGAGGGACCAAACCAGCCCUUGGGUGAUGUGAUGGAGCCACUCCAGAGGCCAAAGGUGGGUUCAGGCAGGGCAGAGCAGGGCCCAGCUGGCUCAGCCCAUGGACACUGGGUGGGCACAGCCCCCUUUUCCAACUCUCCCUGUACUCUCUGUAUCCUACUAAGACUGGGGGGAUUUACACAGUGGCAGCCUGGGCUGCCACAGGCAUGGGGCUCCCAGGGAGGAUGGAAUAAAGCCUUGUACUCCAGCACAGGUCUGGCCCCUUUGAACCAGGGUGGGCCUGGACAGGGUGGGCCUGGAGCCAGGUGGAGCAGGGCUGGGCCACUGCCAGAGCCCAGCAAAGUCUCCUGCUCGUCCUGCACCCACAGCACCUCCAGGGGCUCUGCAGCUGCCAGCCCCCAUGGGCACCCAAGGUAGUCCCAAGGGGAUGUGUUCCUGCUUCUCAACCCGGAGCCUUCAUUCCCAUUGGGCUCAGCUCCUGCAGAGACCCCAUGAGAUCUGAGCCCAUCCCAGCUCCUCCCCUGCACCCAUCAGCUCCCAGGGGGUCCCAGUGCUCCUCCUCUUUGAGUUUGGGAUUGCUGAGCCCAGCCCAGGACACAGCCAGUCCUGACUCUUGGCCCUCCACAUCCAGCCAGGGCUGGGGGCUGAGCCAGGCAGUUCCCACAUCACCCCCACUCCCAGCUGCUGGGCAUUCCCACUCUCCAGCCCCCAUCCCCUGCAGGCUCCCAAUCCAGGGGGGUUGGACAACCCCCACAGGACACGGUGCCACCCUGGCACCUGCACACAAGCAGCUGGACCGGCCCCAAUGCAAGGGAAGAUUCCCCAGCUCAUCCAGAAUCUCCAAAAGCUCAUCCAAAGCCAGAGAUCACCAAGAGCCACCUCCUGCAGCCUCCAGGGGGGUGACAGGGCUGAUCCCUCCAUGGCAGGGCUGCAGUCCCAUUUCCCCAGUCCCCUUGGAGGGAUGGAGGGAGCUGAGCCGAGCCUUGGCUCUGCAGCACUUGGUCCUGGAGCACGCUGGGCUCUUACCCAAAGCAAAAAAAGCACUCCAAACUCCUCCAUUCUAAAACCAUCCCUUUUCCUCCACCUCUCAUCCCCCUCCUGCUGUCCCAACCACCUCGGUGACCCAAAUCAGGGCUCUUGAGGUCUUCAGGUCUCAAACACCCCCAGGAGCACUGAGCUUAUCCCACCUCUGGCAGCAGCCUUGGGAGAGCAGGGCUGAAGCAGGGAGCUGGGGCUACAGGAAACGCAGCAGGUGGUUCCAAGAUUUCCUUUGAAAGGGAGUUGAACAUGGACACGGCCCAAGGGGGCCAGCAGAGGCUGUGUUUGCCAUGGAGGAAGCAGGGAAAGCAGUGAGUGGGGAGAGCUGGGCUCGGCACCAGCGGGCAAUGGCCCACCCUGCUUUCCUGGAAAGGAGAAGGCUCAUGGGUGGGUGGAUGGGAGAAGGAGAACUCCAGCAGCAUCAGGGCAAAGGGCAGCCUCACCCUGUCUGGGGAGAGCCCAGCUGGAAUUCCUCACUGAGAGGAAGUGGCACAGGUUACCCCGAGAGCUUCAGCCCAUGCGGCCCCUCUGCCUCCUCCAUGGUCCUCCCUGUCCCAGUGCUUCCAGCAGAAGGGCUGGACACCCCCAGCCUGGCCAGGGCUGGGCUCCCACCUGGACAAGUGGAUUGGCCACCAGCAGGAGAACCCAGCAGCAUGAAAACCCAGCCUCCACAAAAACUGCCUGAGGCACCUGUGCCAAUAGUACCUGUCCCAGGAUGUGCUCCAGGAAAGAAAGAACCAAGUGUGGAAAGACCUGGAUGAGGACACACCACUUUUCUCUGACUAAGGAAACAAAAUCUGCCGUGCAAAUGGAGCAAAGUACUGAAGAUUUCUCAUACAACUUUUCUGUUGUUGUUAAAAUUGUUUAUUAGAAAUUACAACUCACUAUUUUAACGUG